GGAGGUGGAGCUGGAAAUGGAGAGAGGCAGGAUUGAGCGGGAAUCUCUAAGCCGACAGCUCCUGCAGACCAUCGAGCAGAAAAUCAGCCUGGCCCAAGAGCUGGAGGAGUGGCAGGAAGACAUGCAAGUCAUCAUCAGCCAGCAGUUGAAGAGCCAGCACCUGCAGGAAGAGGCUGGAGGGAAGGCCCGGUGUCCGCCGGUGCCCCAAGACGGAAGCAGCUUCUUUUUCCGCUUCAGGAAGAGCUGAGGAAGGUUGG